GUGAUUUCUUGAGAUAAAGUUGUAAAAUAAAAAGGAAAAGAAACAAACAAACAUGGGUUAGAUGGAAAAGAUGAAGAAGACGCCGCAAUCAAGGACGAUUGAUAAGCCAAUGUUGAAUCGUCACAAUGGUAAGAAAUCCAUUGAUAAGAUUUAAACAAGUUAUAAUCGAAUAACUCAAAGAGGAGCCACAUCUCACUCACAACUCUCAUUAGAGAAAUUUCAUUUCAUUUCAAAGUUAUCCAAAAUGAGACUCUUACAAGGUAUUUAAAUAGGGAUUUACCUUAUUCCUAAAAUGGACCAAAUGUCAAUUCUCUAAAACCAUAUUGGGCUUACACCACUUAACUAAAACCAUUACAAUUCAAAUUAAAUACAGAUAAAACUAAAAACUAUUAUAAAGUCUUGACUUGAAAUAUUCUUUAUUUUUCCUUUUAAUUAGCUCAUUUUAGGUCAAGUUAAUUUAACCUAUCAUGACAUAUUGUUUAACUACAAAAUUUUAUUUGAAUGAUUAUAUUGAAUGACAUUUAAAAUAUCAAAUAUAUAUAUACUCAUAUACCAUUGACUAAUACUUACAAUUUCAAAUGAAAAAAAAGGAUAUAUAUUUUGUUGGUGUAAAUUAGUUUUACAUUAAUGUCCAUUGAAAAUUUACUAUUUUACGAUUAUUUUAAAAUUAUAAUUACAAAACAACUUAUGUGACAAUAUCAUGAGUUUGUAUUCGAUGUCAGUGUAAAAUUUUCUUACACAUACAUUACAUAUAUAUUAAACUUAUUUUGAAUACCUACUUAUCAAUAAUGAUAUUUUCUAUUUCUUAAAACUAUCAAAUGACAUGAUCUAUAAUAGAGAUAAACAUAAAUAAAAUAUCGGUGAAAUCAAAUUUGAAUAAUAUUUUAAAAAAAAUUAUAGCAAUUUCACAUUUAUAUAUAUAUAUGAGAGAGAUAUAUAUAUGAAGUAUAUGAUUUCAUUUGAUAAAUUUAGAGGAUAUCAUGUUACGAAUAAAUGAUUACCAUGCUAACUUCAUUAUUUGAAAAAAGGUGUAUCUAAAACAGAUUAGUUGUAUAAAUAACACAUAAAUUCAAUCAUUAUCAAAAAUCAAAACUAUAUAUUCCACGUAAGCAACUAUAGAUAUUCAAAAAUAAGAAGAUAAAUAUGGAACGUUUUAUUACCAAAAGAAGAGAGAGGGAGAGAAGUAAACAUAGGCAUAAUUUUCAAUUGAUUGGUUUAGAAAACUUAAAAAAAAGUUUCAACCGUUUUUCUCUCUAAAGCAACAUUUCUUACAAACAACAUAAUUGAACAACAAAAUCUUACACGCCAUCAAUCUCUCUAUUUCACAAUCACAAGAAAAAAACCAAACCAAACAAAAAUACCUUAAUUUUAGAUUUAACUUGAGAUUUUGCCUCUUUUUGUUGGAAAAUAAUGUUCCAAAACCCUUUUGUUGGUUUUGAUUAUUCUUUAAAUUUAGUGGAAAUCAUAUUUCUUUUAAAAAAAAACUGGAUAUCAUAUUAUUCUUGAUGUUAUAAUGAAAGAAAUGAAUAAAAGCAAUAAUAAUAAGAAGUCGUUGUUUACAUGUUUCAAACUCGUCAUGGACGAAGAUGACUCUUUUAAAUCUCACAAAAGGAGAAAACGCAACGCCGCCACCACUGAUCCUGUUCUUUCGUAUCUUGCAACUGCGAAUGAAGACGGUGUUGUUUUGUUUUCAAAGGCUAAUCAAGAAUGUAGAAGUCGCCGACGAAAGAGAGGAAAUGACAUGUGGCAUGCCCUUAGGAUGGCAUUGAAUGACACAUUGAUGAAAAGGAUUCUAAGUAGAUGGAAAACAAAAAAGGAGUCAAUGUCCAUAUCAAAUAGCAGUGUAAAAGCAAAAUUUAUCCGCAAAUGCAAAACCACGCGCCCAACCAAUUCAAACACCUCCUCAAACAAUGGUGGUUCAUCUGUAAUAUUCACAUCUUCAUCUUCUCUUAGUUCAAUUAGCUCAUCACACACUGAUCACAUGUCAGGUUGUUUCUCACUUGAAAUAAAUAAUAUGCCUAUACCACCACCAUCAAAUGGGACUUGCGGGGUGUCCAAGAAAAAUAGUGUUGAAGAUAGGAGGAAAAUAGAAUAUGGUUUAAAUAACAUAUUUUUAUGUAUGCUUGUGAUUAUUAGUCUACUUGUUUUGAUUUUGUGGGGUAAAUUUUUUGCUAUAUUAUGUAAUUUAAUAUGGUUUUGUAUUGUACCUUUUAGUCAAAGAAGAAAAUGCAAAGAAAGAUUUUCAUGAUAUAAAUAAAAUGAGUUUGACUCAGACCAAUAUAAGAAGAAUGUUAUUAUGGAAUAGAUACUUGAAUAGAGACAUAGUCACAAGUCUCUUUUGAUUUCUGCUAGUUAUAUACCAACAUCAUAGAGGUUACAAGUUUUGGAUAAAUUUUAUUGUUGUUGUUAUAUUUUUUAUUUAA